AUGACUUCAUUGAAAUUAUUUGAUAGAUUGUCAGAAGACGUAGGAAAAUUAGUAGAAAAAGGAGAGAAUUAUGAUAUGAUUAUACAAGUAGGAGAGAAAGAUGUAAAAGAAUUUAAAGCACAUUCUUUGAUUAUAAGCGCGAGAUCAUUAUAUUUUAAAUCUGCUUUAAAUAAUAAUUGGACUACAAUAAAAGAUGGUAGAUUUUUUUUUAAAAAACCAAACAUUUCACCAAAAAUUUUUCAACUUAUUUUAAAAUAUCUAUACACGGGAGUAGUUGAUUUUCAAGGUCAAGAGUUGAAUCAAAUAUUUGAAUUAAUGAUCGCGGCAGACGAAUUACUUCUCGAAGAGUUGACAGAUCAAAUCCAAGAAUAUCUCAUUAAACACAAACCUUUGCAAAUUCAACGAAAUAUAGUUCUAGUCCUUCAUACAGUGUUUGGACACGAUGUAGUUGUAUUCCAAAAAUUACAGGAUUAUAGCCUGAAAAUUAUAAACAUAGUGGCAUAUUUUAUGUUAUCGGAUUAUCGACCAAAAUCCUUACUUUUACCUCCAAGAUAUAGUCCAAAUACCGGACUUGAAUCAUUAUUAAUAACAAUUGAAUCUUUUCUUUUUUACAUUGAGAAUAAGGAUUUGGCUAAUGCUAAACUUAGUAGAAUCCUUCCUCAUCGGUCUUCCAAAGCUGUUUUUUAUGACACGUCCUGUGGACCCAAUUUCGGAGCGCCCGAUUUACGAAUUUCCAACAAUUGUAAUAAAAACACUUUAAGCUUUUUUAGUACCACAAAUUUUUACGAAAACUCUGUUUCGAUCGGUAAUUUCAGUGUAAUUGAUUAUGAGCUGUAA